AUGUCUCGAGUCAUCUACGGGCCUCAAAUCGGCAGUGGUCGAACACAACUAGAUUUGUUAGCGGCCAAUAUGGCAAGAGGCUCUCAACCACAGACAGUGAAGUGGCUCGAGCGUGGUAUUGGUAUAUGGCCGACGCAACUUCCACGCUACGCUGAAGUAGUCAUGCUCGCAGAUGAAUAUGAAGAUACCUUGGUCCGUAUAAAGGAAACUGAUGACCCUCGCCCCGCAAUGUACGGCGAUUGGCAGGAGUUGGUUCACCCAUUGGGUGGUACAUACUACUAUCAUAGUACAAAGAACGCGCUUACAUCGACGAACCUCAGACGUUAUCUUGACUUAUCCAGUCUCGAAGAUUUCAUUGAUGCAUCACGAGCCGCAGCGAACGAAAACGGGUGGAUACUGGUCGUUCUCCCAACAAUCUUCACGGGACAAGAACAUUUUCAGUAUUAUUAUGUGGUCCCCGACAAGCAAGUCAUUGCUUGGCUGGAAGAUCUCAAUGGCGAAUUACUAUUCGGAGAAUGUGUUCAGCCAAGCGAAUGGAGACACAAGAGACUUGAACUCGAGGCCCAGUACUGGAAACACUUUGAAUUUUUUCCCCAUCAGUUCCGAAUGGAAAGCCUACUAGUAAGACGCAUACAGAGAGAACUUCUUUGCUACACCGGAGAAGCCACAACCUUAAGUCAAUCCUCUGCCGGCUCGAUGUUCUGGACUCUCGAUCAAAUGAAUCAAAUUGGUACACAUUUGGCCACUAUCGAAAGCCUUGCCGACAAUGAUAUUAUAGACGAAUCAGGUGUCGUAUUCUGUUGUGCGCAGGAUAUUGUAUAUUCUACGACACCACCAGUUCCUAAACCGCCACAACCAACCUGA